UACUCAGAGGAGAACGCUACAACAGGACCGUGGACUGGUGGUCAUUAGGGAUAACUAUCUAUGAAAUGGCCGUUGCCAAGUUGCCAUUUACUGGGAAAACCCAGGAGGAAAUCUUUAAUAACAUCUUUUAUUCAGAACCAGAUUAUCCAAGUGACCUGGAUAGUAGCACCAUUUCAAUAAUUGAAGCACUCCUAGACAAAGACCCCAGAUUCCGGCUGGGAUCAGAAAUAGAUGAUGGUGAAGAAGUGCAGAGAUUCAGAUACUUCAGGUCAAUUGACUGGAAAGCUCUCUGGAACAAGCAGCUGAAAGCGCCAUUCAUACCCAGCCAACCUACUACAACAGAUGGUGAUGAAGGCGUCAAACUUACAGAAUACAGAUGGAGACUUGACCAAGAUGUGCACGAGACAUUCAGAAAUUUUGAUGAGUUGCCAGAAGAAAACUUCUAAAAUGAUAUCUCUCUAUAAACCAAAGAAAUGCCAGAUAGAAAAUGUUUGCCAGAGGAGACUCAUCUUCUACCAAGGAAGACAAAGCACAAUACCAACUGUCCUUCUACUUCUACCAAUGGGGUAUAGUAGUUAUCAGGGAUAUGGAAGAUAGCUCAUAGUCAGGCCCAGAAUUGUGGCAAGGCCACAAAGGCAGAGCCUAGGACAGUAAAAUUUUAGGGAUAGCAUGCUGCUCAGCCACAUUGGGAACACUGCGUUCCCCUGUGCCCAUCACUAUGGUGGGCACUAGGACCAUGAUGCCUCGUCGGAACCGCUGCAGGAAAUCUGGCCCUGCUCAUAUUACAAGUUGAUCCAGGGACUAGUCCGAUUGCCAUUUUGGAGU